AUGGAAGGAACCGUGAGGAAUCUUCUGGAUCAACUGGAGCCGGCGGGCUGGAGGAAAGGAGCCCCCGUGGAGACCCUCGCUCUUCAGGACAAAGAACGGGAUGUCUUUAUCCUAAAAGAGCAGAAGCGGAAGAAAAAUCUCGAAGAUUUGGAGGCGGAAGUGUUCGAAGCUCCAGAGAGUGAAGGCAAAGGUGACUCUGGAGAAAAUGAAAAGAGCACAUUAUUGCUGAGCCGACUGAAAGCUUUGGAGGCGGAGAAUUUGGCCUUAGCUUUGGAAAAUGAGAAUCAGAGGGAGCAAUAUGAGAGGUGUCUGGAUGAGGUCGCCAACCAGGUGGUACAAGCCCUGCUGUGCCAAAAGGAUCUGAGGAAAAAAUGUGUCAAGCUGAAAGCCAGGGUGUUGGAUCUGGAAGAACAGAAUCGGGCGUUGAGCGUGCUUCUGCAACAGAGAAUCAGGCCGGCCUGUGAUCUCCUCCUGCAGGACGAUGGAGUCAAACUGGGCUUCGGGGUGGAAGUCACCGGGCCACGACUACGGCAAUCUCUCUUCAGGCUCAAACCGGGGACGGAACUGGGCCGCUUCCCGUUAAAUAUUCAGGAAUUGUGCCCGGCCGACUCCGCUCCAUUUCCCUUCGACCCCAGGUUGACAACCUGGAGCUAUAAGCAAAUGGAAGUGAAUGGUUUUGCCCUCUCUUGGUGA